AUGGAUUCAAGCUUGACUAGCUAAAACAGGAACAGCAAUGGGAGAGGAAGCACUGCACUUCACCAGGAUGCCUGUGAAAUGCAUUUCAGUUCUGCUGCUGCUGCUACAGCUGAGCUGCUGCUUCAGCUCUGGGAGUUGUGGGAAGGUGCUGGUGUGGCCUAUGGAAUUCAGUCACUGGAUGAAUAUGAAGACAAUCCUGGAUGCACUUGUCCAGCGAGGCCAUGAAGUCACUGUCCUGAGAUCUUCAGCUUCUAUUGUAAUUGGUUCCAACAAUGAAUCGGGAAUUAAAUUUGAAACUUUCCAUACAUCCUACAGGAAAGAUGAAAUCGAGAAUUUUUUCACGCAUUGGUUCUCUACAAUGAUAAAUAAUAUGUCAAUAGAUAGUAAUUGGGAACACUUUUCAGUAAUGAAAAUGGUUGUUUUAAAAUAUUCUGACAUUCAUGAAGCUAUCUGCAAAGAAGUCGUUUUGAACAAGAAACUCAUGACAAAGCUGCAGGAAUCAAGAUUUGAUGUUGUUCUUGCAGAUCCUGUUAGUCCUGGUGGUGAGCUGCUGGCUGAGCUACUUAAAAUACCCCUCGUGUACAAUCUCCGCUUCUUUCCUGGCUACUUAUUGCAAAAGCAUGGUGGAGGACUCUUACUGCCUCCUUCCUAUGUUCCUGUUAUUAUGUCUGGUCUAGGCAGUCAAAUGACAUUCAUGGAGAGGGUGCAAAAUCUGCUCUGCGUGCUUUACUUUGACUUUGGUUCUCAAAAUUUAAUGAAAAGCGAUGGGAUCAAUUUUACAGUGAAGUACUGGGAAGACCUGUUACGUUCUUGGAGCUAAUGGGGAAAGCUGACAUGUGGCUCAUUCGAAGCUACUGGGACUUGGAGUUUCCUCGGCCACUUUUACCAAACUUUGAUUUCAUCGGAGGGCUCCACUGCAAACCUGCCAAACCUCUGCCUCAGGUAAGUAAGUUCCUGUGUGCUAUAUUUGGUUCGCUUC